AUGCCGAGGUCAGCCACGGCUCCCGACACGUUUCCUCGGGCAGGUCCGGGGGAGGGCCGUGGGAGCGGGGCCGGCGCCGGAGAGGGACGGCGCGGGUAGCAGAGGCCAGCCCGAGCGGGGCCGAACGGCAGCACAGCCGCAGGGCGGCCCGCGCCCCUCAGCCCGCCGCGUCCCGCCGCCGGCAUGAGCCGGGCCGGGCCCUGGUGCCUGCUCCUGGCUGCGGCCUGCGCCCUGGGCCGGGCCCCGCCGCCCCCGCGGGCCGCCGUGCGCUGCCCGCCCGCCGGCGCCUGCUUCAGCGCACACCUCGCCAACGUGUCGUACGCCGAGGCCCGCGGCGCCUGCCACCAGCGGCGGGGCAGCCUGGCCUGGGUCAGCGGCGAGCCGGAGCUGCGCCUGCUGCUGGGGCUGCUGGCAAAGGCGGCGGUGCCCGCGCCCGCGCUGUUCUGGGUCGGGCUGAAGAGGAACGCCUCCGCCUGCACCCACGAGGAGCAGCCGCUCCGCGGCUUCUCCUGGGACGGCGUCGAGGAGGGGACGGCCCCGCAGGAGGUGCCGGUGGCGCUCGGCCGGUGGCUGCAGGAGCCCCUGCGGUCCUGCCUCACCGCCCGCUGCGCUGGGCUGCAGCUGGCGGCCGACCCCGGGGACGGCCCCGGCUGGGGCUGGAAGGAGCGGGUCUGCCAGCUGAAAAGCCCGGGCUACCUCUGCAAGUACCGGUACGAGGGUGCCUGCCCCGACCUCAGUCCCGCGGGCGCCCUCGGCCUCGACUACCGGCUCCCCUUCGAGGAGCGCAGCGGCGGCCCCGGCUUCAGCCCGCCGGGCACCGUGCUGACGGUGGCGUGUCCCGGCGGGGAGGUGCGGCUCAUGUGCCAGCCCGAGCAGGGCGGCUUCGCCUGGAAGGCGGCAGAGAAGCCCCUCUGCCCCUGCCCCUUCGGCCGCAGGAGCCCCGACAGCGGGCGGUGCGCCAAGGCCGCCGGGUGCCGCGAUGCCGCCGGCCGCUUCGCCUGUGCCUGCAGCCCGGACGGAGCUCCCUGCCCGGGCACGGGGCCGGCCCCCACCGCCGCAGACGGCCCCGCGGAGCCGUCGGGUGCCAGGGCGGAGGGGCGGCGUCCUUCCAUCCCGACACCCGGCGGUUCCACGGAGCCGCCCGCCACCACCACGGCAGCCGCCAGCGGAGAGAAGACGGCUGCUCCGCCGCCCUCCUCCUCCCCCUCCGCCUCCUCCUCUUCCAACUACGUUUUCAUCCUGGUGACGGUCGCGGUGGUGGUGCUGGUCAUCCUGGUCAUGACGGUCCUGGGGGUGUUCAAAAUCUGCUUUAACAAGAAAUCCGAGGGCCGCGGGGACAAGGAGCCGUCGGAGGCCGGCAGCAAGGCGGAGGCAGGCUCCGCGGAGCCCAGCGGGGCGGCGGGCGGUGAAUAGCCCCGGACCGCCGAGGCCGCGUCCCUCGGGGCUGCCCUGAGCGGCAGCUCCCGCCCGGGCCAGCGCUCGGGUCCGCACGUCCCUCCCGCCCCCAGCCCUGCUGCCGCGGGAGCCGGAGGAGAGGCGCCGCGGGGCUCAGCUGGGCAGGGCUCGCACAUCAUCAGACGCAGGAGCGCGUAGAGACGUUCUCUUGAGGGGAUUGAAGUCUGGACAGUCGGGAGUUUCAGCCGGUCUGAAAAACAGUUAUUUCGGUGCUGAUUUCACAAAAAUAUAAAUAGAUCAGCCUGGCCGACAGAGCGAUUGCAGCUGCAACAACUGUGCCUUUUUAUCCUCUCAGAAACGGUUCAUCGUGUGCCUUCUUUGGAACAAGCAUAAAGUGGAACACUUUGAGCACUUGCAUCUUGUCAUUUCAAAGUCACUCCUUGCCUGAAUGGUACUUGGAGGCUCUCGUUUUUAAUCUAAUUGCUGGAACUUUGGGAGACGUGAACUGCCGUAAUUUUGGAUGAAACUGCAACCCAUAUGCUUUCAUACUGACAUUCUUAAAAAAUGAAAGAGCGUUUCUAUACUUAGAAAGUCAUUAAACUGCUGAGGAAGCUAAAGGUUAAUGGGGAGUCAGUUUUAUACUUCAGCUGAUGAAAAGAAUAAAGGAUGAUGUAAAUCACUGCCCUGUUUGUUACUUCAUACUCAUUUUUAUUGUAGCAGAGAAUAAAUUUUUCAGUUACAGUUUUUCUCCUAAGUUGUGUUGGUACAAAACUUGCUUUCUCUAUGCAAUAUGCAGCUCCCUUAGAAUCAGACAAGGUGCUGACACACCACACUGCAAGGGGAGUUAACGUGAGUCCAAAUACAUCAUGCAAAUCUCAUUCUUUUUAGGCAGAUAUAUUGUUUUCCAUGGAGUCCCUUGAGAGUAAGGAAAGAUUCACCUUUUGUGCCCUUCUCUAAAUGAGGUAAACACUUCCUCCGUGAUUUCCCUCGGGAACUCCUGAAGGGGAGCUUUCAUCUUGGCUACAGAACUUGCUUUCCGUGCAGUUCAGAGUGCUGAUGCUCACUUAUUAUUAUUAUGAUGGUGUUGGUUUUCAAUUAAAGUUGUAAUAUUAAAUACUGAUUCAAGGUUCUCUGAGUGCAGUUAUACACAGCUGACUCGUCUCAUGCAAGCCUUUUGAGGUGCAGGGAGAAUAGGGAAACAUUUUCUUCCCUUAAGAGAACUUGAAGCUCUGAAAUGCCUCUUUAAAUACACUUGUUUGUUUUUUUUUCCUCUCUUGAGAGCUGACAUUCUGUCUACUGCUUUAAUUUUGACAAUUUCCUGUUGAGUUUGAAGAACUCUGUUUCAAAAAAUAAUGUGUAUUAUUAUGACCUAUUUUUCUUGCAAGCAAAGAGUUCAUGAUAGAUAUGGUGUAAACAUAUGCUAAGGAUAAAGAAUUAUGUAGUAUAAGUUUUUUUCCUUUUCCCUCUCCCUUUAAUGGCGAUAGGCAGUUGCUAUCUGGGAAACAGUCUUUUGCUUUUGGUAAAGAGGUCACUGAUAGUUGUGAGCCAUCAGACUGACUGUAGCCAUAAAUUCCCUUGUAUUAUGACAGGAAUUAAAUCCAGCUAGGUGAGAAUGCUACUCAUUACAAGGUGACUCAUAAUCUGCAUACUUUUCUAAUCUGUUUAUUUGUAUUUCAGAAGGCAGGCGUUUUUCAACUUGGGCAGGAGGCUUGAUUCUACAUUCAGAUGUGCACAGAUUUGGAAAAUGACUUAGCCAUUAAUGCCUUAUUUCUUAAUAACACUCUUGUUGCUGUCACUGUAAGUAAUUUCUUUUAUGGGGUGAUAUAUGUGGAGCUCUCCUUCUAUCAGGGACUGUGUAAGCAAAUAGCAGCUAAGAUGGAUGAGAACCUCUCUAAAUUAUUUUUUUCUGUGUUUUAGUCUUUCUCACAUAUCAGAUAGCUGAAUGCUUGAUGGGACUGUUCAGGUUUGUUUCUCUAAACUCUAGAAACUCUCUCAUUCUGGAGUCUUACCAAGCACAUAGUUAAAUGCUGAGUUCAACACUUGACUACUUAUUUUGGCAUCUCUCAGUAUGUGACUCACACUAUGUUUGUUAAAAUAUACAAGUUCAUGCCCUUUAAAGCCAUUCACCUGUCCCAUAAUUCCCAUUUCGCUCUUCCUGUGAAGUCAUGUUUUGAUUUGAGAGCUGUUUUUCUCACACAAUUCAGGAUCACUAGACAUUUGUCUAGAGGACUACACAAGGGUUCUACUGUGUUACCCCUGGCUUAUAAUUUGACUCAUCUGAAACCACACUAUUUUGUGUCUAAGGACGGAAUCCAUCCUAUCAUGUGUAGACAUCUCCAACAGUUCAUCUAGACUUUUUUACUCACCUCGACUCCCUUACUGCCUACAGAGACAAAUAGAUGCUUGCCAUUAAUCUCAUUUUAGACUAGAUGCUGAAAACAGGACCAAUGAAUUAUAUCCUGAAAGUGCCUUUUCUCUGCAUUGACUAUAAAGAAGGCAUAUGGAGGCUACUUUUAUUUAAAUGCCGCUGUAAAAUACACUCUUAAAUCAGAAAAAUCAGCCCACUUAAGUCUCCAGCUGUGCAAGUCACUUUUCUAAAGGCAAACUCAUGGUGCAUUCUGUCUCUUCAAGGCAUGGCUAAAUGGUCAUAAUUUUAUUAUUGCUUUUGUUGCUUUUUACGUGCUAGAGAUUCUUAUUUAGUAUAUUUAGGGUUCUUUACCUUAUUUUUGCAGUCAGUAGAAUACAAAACAAAUAUAAUUUGGAUUGUUUGGAACAUGAGCAGAUUUGAAAUGCAUGAAUUUCUCUAUCUCUGAUGGUUCAGACCAACAAGAAGAUGGUUUGGGAGAAAGGAUUGAUCAUUUUUGCUUUUCACUCUUGAUCAAAUUGAGUCUUGAGUGAAUAAGAAACCAACAUCUGUCAUGCAACCAUUGGUUCAUAUCACAACCAUGGUUCACUGGUCUGCAAUGCAGAUUCAGAGCAGAGUUUGCUGUUUAGAACCAUGGAAGGAGAAUAAGUAACAUCAUAAUGAGUACAGAUAAUCAUAACAAGUACUGAGAUAAUAGAAGUGUUUGGUUAUGAAAGUGGAUGCAAAUUUUUAAAAAUUAUUAUAUAGCACUGUAUAAAAAUCACACAAUCAAAUGCAAGUAUUUUUACAAAACAUGUCAAGGAUAGAGACAAAUUUUGACUUUUCUGUCAUGUUACAUACAUGUCCCUUGACUAAACAUUAUAUAAUGUACAAUUUUCCAACUGUUUUUCCAGCAUAGGAAAAAAAAAUAUUUCAUCCCAUAUUGAAGUCAUAUAAAUCACAUACAAACUUUGUAUCUGUGAGAUUUAGAAUGCUUGCAUUCGUAAUGAAAUGAUGAUAGCAAGAAACUGUUAGUCUGCAUUAGAAAAUGGUGAUUCCUGCAAAGAAGAGGAAUGUCCAGGUCUCUUGUCUAUCACAGUUAUCCAGAAAGUGUCCCAUGUUGCCAAUUUUAGAUUUCCUUAAUUCCUACAAAGAUAGUUUCACUGGUAGGCAUACAAUUUGUCAACUGCACAUUUUAUUUAUGAACAAGUGAUGAAUUUUUAAUGGUUUGUUUCAUUAAGUGAUCAGAAAUAAAAUUUUAAUUUCCACAUUUUUUAAAAAUAAUGAUUUAUGCUGCUAAGGUCUUAAUUAGGUGUUCUAUGGGAUUGAAAUAAAAUCUACAAAUGGACAUGGGAAAAAUUCAAGUACUUCUGACAACAUUUCUCCUUGUUUAAUUGUAUUGUACAGCUUAAAGAAUAUUAAAAAUAUAAUGGAUUCUAUGCUUCACCUAGAAAUUUCCUACCACUUAAUUUGUUUCAUGUUUUAAAUACCAGUUCUCUUUCCUCAUUUAUUACAUGGAGGUCAGUCAUGGGUAGAUGCAAUGUAGUUCAUUCUAGAAGUAAUAUUUUUUUUUAUUUCUUCAUUAUGUGGACACUUACCAAGGCUAUAGUGUGGCGAUUCAUGUAUUUCACUAAAGAUAUAUAAUUGACUCAAAAGGCAAACACAGCAGGGCAACAGCAGCAGAAACUGCAUUCCCAGGGCUUCAAAACGUUAAACUUAAUGUCUUUUUUUCUUCUCCCAAUAUGCAGCCUUGUCUUUCUCUUCUGGCUUGUAGUCUGGGACUGGAAGAUUUGAAAGUGGAUGUGUAAAGGAAGUCAUCUGUUAGUAUGCAAGUCUUUCCCCUUUUCUGCAUUGCUGAUUAGAACCACAGAAUCAUGGAAUGGUUUGGGAUGGAAGGGACCUUAAAGAUCACCUCAUUCCACCCCUCUGCUCUGUGCAGGGACACCUUCCACUAGACCAGGUUGCUAGAGCCCUAUCCAGCCUGGCCCUGAACAAUUCAAGGGAUGGGGCAUUCACAACUUUGCUAAGCAAACUGGUCCAGUGUCUCACUACUCUCACAGCGAAGAAUUUCUUCUUCACACCUAAUCCACACCUACCCUCUUUGUUUGAAGCCACCCCCCUUUGGCCUGUCAAGCCCUAGGAAAAUGUUCUUCAACUUUCUUGUAGGUACUGGAAGGUUGUUUGUAGGUACUGGAAGCCUUCUCUUUUCCAGGGUGAACAAUCCCAACUCUUGCAGCCUGUCCUUGUAGGAGAGGUGUUCUAACCCUCUGAUCAUCUUGGUGACCUCCUCUGGACUCCAGCAUGUCCACAUCCUUCUUAUGCUGGGAGCCCCAGAGGAGAACACAGUACUCCAGGUGGAGUGGACGCAGGAGUGGAGCUGGGAAAUGCAGAGAUAUGGUGGUGGUGCUGCUUUUGUUAUGUCCUUCCCCUCCUUCCACUUGCCAGUCCUUUUGCAUUCUGAGUCAGAAGAACGGGCAAACAACUACUAUUAUGCAUUUUAUGGUUAAUAUCAGAGAAAGAACACUACAGGUCCACAGAGAGGAUGAGCUGAGGAGGGAAAGAUGAGAAAGACAAGCAAGCAUCCAUCUUUACCAGGAUGCAUCUGUCCUAACCAUCUUCUUGCUGCAUAUGUUUUCAGGUGUUACUCAAAAUGUGGUGGACUGCAAACAAAUAAACAUUUUCAGUCAUUAAGCCAGGAACAGCACGCAUGGGCUGUAACCUGUCAGAAAAGCACGGUUUUAUUUUUGGAAUGUAACCAGCAGGCCUUGUGGUUUUGACUGAUAAGAAGGAUUUACACUGUUCUCUGGAACAUAACUUAAGAUCAUAAGUACAGAUAGUUUGAGUGAGAUUAUAUAUAAGUAGACUAAGUCUGGAAUGUCUGUGCAGAGGAAUGUAUUACAUUGCUUUUCAUUCUUACGAGUAUAUCUUUCUCUAAGGGAAAUAAUUUUCCCAGUCAUUGUACUGAAGAUUUUCAAGUAAGAAAUUCUGUAAAUUUUACUUUAUGACUGUGAAAGAGCAGUGAAAAUCCUUCUGUAUUCAAUUUAUGUCUUGUCAAUAUGCGGUUCUUCUUGUUUUGUGUUGAGCAAAAAAUUGUUAGGUCUUUUUCUCUAUGUUAAUGAUAAAGGAAAAAAAAAAUCUGUGAAAUUCAAAGUGUCUG